GUACCUAAUAGUUUAAUCAUUUUUUCGGAUAUAAAAAUUUGUCAUGACUUUUAAUGGGUUUUCGUAUUUUUGUGGACUCAGAUAUGGCCACCAUAGUCUGGCUGCAGGGAUGUAUGGAGUAUUGAGUUGGCGUGUGUGCUCUGAUCAACAACAUUUUUGGGUUUCUGCUCUGGGUGAGGUGAGUCAUGGAGAAGCCAGUCCAGCAGCAUCCGGAGAUCGUGCGGACAAUCUUACAGCAGCAAACACUCACCUACACCGAGCGUUAUCUGCUCUCAAGGCUGCCAGUACAGCAAACCAGCCAAUGACUUUCUGCCAAGAGUAUGUGAGACUUCGGGCAGAAACUUUCAUGUGCCAUGCUCAGUUACUCCACGCCUGCCUCUCUCUCCGCACUGCUCCUCCUCCGGCAAUUGCUGCAUCACUAGCAACAUCAACAAGGGAUGAUCUCCUACGAUGUGGUAGAGUCUCACAACAACUUGCAAAAUCAGCCCGAGACUUCAACAGUUUAGCCUCUCAGUAUGGAAGUCUUUACCAGUCAGUGUUUGAUGCUGAUCCACAGACACUGUGCAACAUAGCCCUUCUGCAACAGGGGGCGCUGUUGGUGGCUCAGGGUAUUGAGAUCAUCACACGGCCAUCAGCAGGUCAACUUACUGAAGAUUAUACUGGCCCUGAUCUGACCACCAUUACCAGUAAACUUGGGGGUGGAGAGACUGUGGAGACCCAGUCUAUCAUCACUACACUGGAAGAAGCUACAAACAUGGUCCGCAGACUUGCACAGGUGUCUUGUGAAGUCAAACCUGUGAGAGAACAGCAUCUACAGUUGCUGCAAGGAAUAUCUCAGGUGCUGACAAGUAUACCUCUUCCAUAUCCUCGGUUCUUCUUCCAGACCCUACAGAAGACCACCAUAACCCUCGCUCUUCUUCCUCAACCUCGCACACCAGGCGACCCCAUCUCUGUUCAGACAUCCUCACAGUUAGCAGUGAAAGUUGAAGGUGUUAUUGGUCAUGGUAAAAGACCAGGUCUUUUCCGAUCUGUUCGCUCUGUCACCCUGACUGUAAAUUCUGUUAUUCAGAAUCGUCCUCAGCACACACUGGAUAUGAAGAUUGAGCCAAAUGAGAUGCUGACACAGACAGUAGAGCCACACAAUGAUUUCUUUGCUGCACAAUUCCUGCUUGGCUUCCCUGUUCCAGGCCUUUAUCAGGUGAGUGUGGACACAUCAGUCACAGAUGAUUCAGAUGAUGCCUGGCAGACAGGACCCCGCCACACACUUACUGUCAAAUCACAAGAGGACCCAGCUAGCAAGGCAAGUGUCUCACAAGCUCCACGCCAGGUUCCUCCCAGCCAGUAUGCACCUUCCAGUUCUCAAGGAGCACCAGGACCUCCUCCAGGAGUUAGUGUUUUACCUCCUGUUCCUCCAGGCACUAAUCCUCCACCUGUUCCACAAAUUUCUCAAUUCAACAUGCCAAGACCAGGACAUUGAAUGCUGUGACUUUGAUUAUUUUAAAACUAAAAAUAAUUCCAAUCUAAUUAAAUUUAUGAACAAAUGUACUGAAACAAAACAAUUAACUAAUGUACUUCAGAUACUGAAUAAAUAUUACAUGUA